AAGAAGAAAUGUCUCCAAACAUACCGAGAUGGUCUUUCCUGGCUUCUCAGAUUUGCUGUCUGUGGUUUCAAACCUUUUGCCCAGUAGAUUCUGGGAAUUGCAGGGCAGGGGCCUGGGUAACAGCUGCCAGCCCCUGGACUGGGUACCUGCCCUCUCGAGUUUGUGUCCUGGGGCUGUGUGCUCAGACUUGACCAUGUUUGGGCAUGGAGGCUCGUCUCAGACGAGAACCAAAGGCCGCUUCCCCAGAGACGGGCUGGGAGCCCAAACUUCCUGCUGCAGCUCAGGCAGCUUCUUUUGGGUGGGGGCUGGGGACCAGGCAGAAAAGGGUCUGCCGAAGACUCGCAGGGCACCCAGGAGACUCAAUGUCUGCAGUCCCCAGAGGCCAUGGGAAAGAAGCUGGUGAUGGCCCAGAAGCGGGGAGAGACUCGGGCCCUCUGCCUGGGAGUGGCCAUGGUAGUGGGCGCAGUCAUCACCUACUACAUCUUGGGCACCACUGUGCUGCCCCUCUAUCAGAAAAGCGUGUGGACCCAGGAAUCCACGUGUCACCUGAUUGAGACCAACAUCAGGGACCAGGAGGAGCUGGAGGGCAAGAGGGUGCCCCAGUACCCAUGCCUGUGGGUCAACGUGUCGUCCGUGGGCCGCUGGGCUGUGCUGUACCACACGGAGGACACUCGGGACCAGAACCAGCAGUGCUCCUACAUCCCAAGCAGCCUGGACAACUACCAAGUGGCCCGGGCCGACGUGGAGAAGGUCAGAGCCAGGUUUCACGAGCACCAGGAUUUCUUCUGCUUCUCCACGACUCGGGAGAAUGAGACCAGCGUCCUGUACCGGCGCCUCUAUGGGCCCCAGAGCCUCCUCUUCUCUCUCUUCUGGCCCACAUUUCUGCUCACCGGCGGCCUGCUCAUCAUCGUCAUGGUGAAGAUCAACCAGUCCCUGUCCAUCCUGGCAGCCCAGAGGUAGAUCCACGCGGGCCCAUCACCUCUCGGGCUGUUCCCGCUCGUGUCCCGUGCUCCCUCGCCUGCCUUCGCCCCCUCCCCCUCCGGCCUUCUGUCUUCCACUGCACGGAUGGUCUUUGGGAAACCCCUUAGUUAAGUCAUUUCCUGCUCAAGACUGUUCAAUGGCUCCUCGGGACCCAGGAGAACUGAAGGUCAGCCUGUGAUGCUUCUCCAUCCCUGACCCCACUCAAUCCAUCCAUUUAACUCAAAUCUGUUUUCUGCUAUUCCGCUGUCCACUGGACUGAUGCCAGUGAUUCUCACUUCUGUGCCUGCUGGGCCCUCCCAGGAAGUGCUCCCCGACAGGCCUCCAUUCCUUCUUGGAAUUCCGAAGUGAAAACGGUAGCAGCCCCAUAGACAGAGCACGUUCAUCAGUGGGACAUCGCUUGUUUGCAGCUUUCUCAGAUCUGUAUACAUUCUUAUGCCAAUAUUCACAAGUGCAGAUACAAACUUCCAGUCUUGGAGUCAUGGGGAUAUAACUGCAACAUGGUGACAAUAAUCAGUAAUACUUCGCUGCAUAUUUGAAAGUUGCUAAGAGAGUAGGUCUUAAAAGCUCUCAUCAUAAGAAAAAAAACUGUCACUGUGUGGAGAUGGGUGUUAACUAGAAACUUUUCUGGUGAUGAUUUUGUAAUACAUACAAAUAUUGAAUCAUUUUGUUACACAUUUGAAAACUAAUAUAAUCAUAUAUUCAUUAUACCUCAUAUACCUUAUAUACUGAUUAUACCAAAUAUAUACAACAUAUAUAGGCUAUAAGGAAAUGAUACUAACAUAUAUAAAAAACAUUAACAGUGGGAUUUAUUAAUUGUAAUUUUCUUCCUUCCUUUUAUUUUUUGUACUUUUCUAAAUUUUCAACAAUAGGCUUGGUUUCACUGUGUUUAUUUUUAAACAGAACAGUAACAACAGAUGUAAUUUUGGAAAAAAGUUUGAAAGGGUGAGUGCCCCAUCACCAAGCAGAUGGAAGUGACCUGGUGGACAGGUUGAACUCCAAUCAGAUACAGGCUUUUUUUUAAUAUUUAUUUUUAAUUGGCAGAUAAUUGCUUUACAGAGUUGUGUUGGUUUCUGCCAUACAUCACCAUGAAUCAGCCAUAGGUAUACCUAAGACACAGAGUUUUGAGAACACACAAGUUUAAGAAUCCUGGACAGAGGGAAAAUAAACAGAGAUGGGGAUUCAUGGUUUUCAGUGCAGAUUAAAUACAAGGUACCUGGGACUGCCCUGGUGGUUCAGUGGUUACGCGAGUGGUUAAGCAAUGUCAAAGCAGGAGACACAGUUCUGAUCCCUGGUAUGUGAAGAUUCCUUAUGCGCUGGGCAACUGAACCAGUUCACCACAACCACUGAGGCCGCUUUCCAGAGCCCAUAAGCCAGGACCACUGAGCCCAGGCCCCAGAGCCGGUGCUCACAGCCAGAGAAGGCACUGCAACGAGAAGCCCCCACGCCGCCCCGGAGAGCAGCCUCCACUCGUUACAGCUAAGGACCUCCACGCGCAGCCAAACACAGGGGAAACGCAAGGCACUGGCCCUGCGGGGGAAGCCGGCCUCAGGCUUCGGAAGGGAUGGCUGGGGGAAUGGCACCCCACUCCAGUGUUCUUGCCUGGAGAAUCCCAGGGAUGGGGAGCCCGGCGGGCUACCGUCUAUGGGAUCGCACAGAGUCGGACACAACUGAAGCGACUUAGCAGCAGCAGCAACUGGGGGAAGCUGUCAUAGAUUCACUACCACUCCAAAAACUUGCCCUAGAGCAGGCCUUCUCAAAGUGUGAUCCCUGGACCAGCAUUCCUGGAGGCUUGUGAGAAAGGCACGCUCCAGGCCCUCCGCCUAGCCCCACUGACCCGGAGACCUUGAGGCGGUGGGUGGGGAGAGGUUGGUGGGGUAACGAGGAGCUGGGCAGUACUCCGUGUUUUAACAGUGACUGCAGGGGGCUCUGUCGUGUGCUUGAGCAUGACAGCCGCAGGUGUAGAGAAUCACGGUCCUGUCCGGGACUUUGGUGGGGGAGUCAACGCCUUUUCCAGGUAAGUCCUCAGCUGGGCAUGAAGCUAGGCUGGUGUCUCUGAAGGUCCCCCUGCAGCUGAUUCCAGGUGCGGCCCUGGGGUGAAUCUGCGUCUGCUUCCGCCAGACUGCGUCUCUCUCAUUCUUGGUUAUUUCGUCAGUAAAAGAGAGAAUGCCCCUUUUGGGUGGCUGGGACAGCUGAAUGAGGGUUUGACACAUACUGGGUGGCGAAAAUGGAAGCUGUUCUUAGUAACAAUAACAAGGAAUGAAUAUUCAGAAACUUCCAGAGGAAAUUAUACCAACAAUAAUGUUAACUAGCAUUUUUUGCUGCUCAUUUAUUCCAUGCUGGACACAGAGCUAAGAAGUGUGCCUCAUAAAAAUUCAGUGAGCAUUACUGAACCCACCUCAUGGAUAAGGAGAAGCAACUUAGGAUAGAGGUUAUAUACAUGGACUGGCUUCAAAUACCCAACCGUAUUAUUCCCUAGCUGUGUGGCUUUGGACAAAUAACCUUUCUGUGCCUCAAUUUCCUCACUUGCAACAUAGGAACUAAUUAUAAUUAGCAUUAAAUGAGUUAUUGUAUAAUGUUCCUAGAAGAGUGGCUUACACACAGUGAGUGCUGUAUAUUAUGAAAAACUGAGGCUGUAAGAGGUCAUUGGCCACGGUCAACCAGAUAGUAAGUGAGGAACGGGACUUGAGCCCUGGGCUGUGUGAUUCCAGAGCCUGACCUGUGAUUCUUUAGCUGACUCAGUCACCGGAAGCCCCAGGGUCCAGGUAAGGAACAGUGUUGCAUCCUGGGAUGCCCAAGGUGUUCUCAUGCAAGUCAGGAAUCUGGGAGGAGGGCCACCUGGAAUCUGUACCAACACCUGUAGCUUGCAGCCAGGGAUCCCUGAUGCAACUUCACACCCUCCGGGUUCUUACUAGAGACAAUCCUUCCAAGGGGGAGUAACACCCCACUCCCUGGAGCUUCUUCCUUCUGGGCUUGGGGACAUCCUAAGAGUCCCGUGAAUCUAGCAAGUCUUGUUGGGAUAUUGUCUUAUAGUUUGGUAAGAUAUUUUCUUUGGGGAAAUUAGGUAAAGGGUACAUAGGAUCUAUCUGUGUGUUUCUUUACAACUGCAUGAGAAUCUACAAUUCCCCCCAAAUUUAAGUUUAAUUUUUAAAAAAGAAAAAGAGUAUCUCCAUCAUGAAUCUCAUUUAUAGGGUUUUUUUUUUUUUUUUUGCAUAUGGUUUUCAUGCACUUGCAUUUGGGGCUGAAAUACACCAAAAUGGAGACUAUCCCAACAGCCCCUACAGGGGAAAAAGCCACCACCCUCUAGCAAGUAGCUGGGGAGGCCCAGCCCUCACUGCCCCAUGCAUUAUUAACAAUGAACUUCCUUUGCUUGAGACAAACGCCUUCUUCCUGUCAAUGGAGUUCUGUAGCCUCCACAGCUUCCUGUCAAUGGAGCCUACUUCUAUCAAAUCCUAUACCUGCCUACUGUUCAUGGAACUUCAAGCCCAAGAUGAGCACGAACUAACGGGCAUUUAAGCAUGAUGGAGUUAGACACGGAGGGAAAAUGUUUCUGGAGCAAGGGCGGCCUGGGAGCAGAGAGCCCUCGUUAGUCCUUUAACAAAUCACUCUGCUAAUAAAGCCCAGUGCUGGCGCUCUUUUUGCCUUUUCUCCCACAGGCCAGUGAGUCUCACCUGGCUCUCCAGGUGUGCCUGGAUCACUCGCCCAGAACUCGGAUGGCAGGCUGGAUGGAGAUCAGUGGCAAGAGGACAGAGAGGGGCAGAGAUGAAGCAGACACAGUGCCUGCCUCACGGAGCUGAUCAUCCUGUUGCUCUUUCUCCCUCCUUUCCCACCAUUAUCAAGGGCUUCCUUCUCCACGGUGAAGAACCUGAUUUAUGCAAAUUCAAAAUAAUGCAAUGAAAAAUAUUACUAAAACCUCAAUUUUGUGACUUCCUGAAAUAAGGCUAGCCUCCCCCACCUCUGUCAACAAUUCACCUAAAAUUCCUCCUAAUUUCAGAACCCCUUGGGUGUGCAGAUUGUAGGCUGCGUUCACUCUAUUGCUAACCGGCAGCCCAGGCUGGUGCAGAAUAGCCAAUGUCUUUUGCAUUUAGAGGAAUUUGAAUUAUAUGCUUGCAAAGAUACUGUUUGAUCAUAGUGCAGCUAUCUUAUACCUCAUCAGCCACUGCCCUUUCAUAUGUAGGGAAAAGAGACCAAAGCAAAAUCAGAAAGACAUGAAGAAAUUCAACAUGGUCUAGGGUAAUGGUUCUUAAAAAAUACAUAUAUAUUUUUUUACUGUGGACCAUUUGUUAAGUAUUUUUCUGGUUUUUAAAAAAUAUUUUUGGAAUUGAUAGACUUCAAAUGCUGCUUCUAGAGAGGAGGCAAGGUAUUUGAAGAUGUGCAGCUGUAUCCGUAACGUUAAUAUGAAGCAAAUGCGACAAAAUGCUAACACAUUCGUUUUGAGGGGUGCUUUCUGAGGAGCAUAUGGGUGUUUUAUAUCAUUUGUUCUAUUUUUCUGUGUUCAAGUGCUUUCUCUAAAAUAAAAGAGUGAAUGGAAACAAAAAUAUUGUUGGUUUUUUGGCCAUGUGGCAUGUGGGAUCCUAGCUUCCCAACCAAGGAUUGAACCCUCACCCCCUGCAUUGGAAGGAGGAGUCUUAACCCCUGGACCACCAGGGAAAUCCCUAGGGUAAUGGGUCUCAAAGUGGAGGCCUGCAAGGUCAAAAUUAUUUUCAUAAUAAUAUUUACAUACUGCCUGCUUUUUUCACUCUCAAUCUCACCAACACGUGCGGAAUUUUUCAGAGCUUAUGUGUGUGACGUGUGAUAUCACGAAAGACUGAACACAGACAUGAGAAACCUGUUGUCUAUUAAGCCGAACACUAAAGCAAUUUGCAAAAAAGGAAAACAACGCACCCUUUCUCAAUAAUGUUUUGAAAAUGCAACUGUUUCUCAUAAAAUAUGAUCUUUUGUUAACCUGGAAUGGAUUUAUCAUUGUUUUAAAAUAAA